AUGAGUAUUGCGCUGUGGUACUGUCCUGCUCCAGGGACGUUGGAUUACGAAGUGUUAAAGACGCUGAUAAACUCUUUGCAGUUGCUGGUGCCGGGUUCUCCGAGCUUUGAGCCCCAUCUUACUGUAGUGACACAUUUGCAAGUGCAGAACAGGGGCGAUGUUAGCAAAGUGUUGCAGUCGUGUUCGAGUUGCCUCAAGACGAUCCCUAAAGGGCAUAGUCUGAUCAAGUACAGUAACUGGUCUAUCAACAAGCAAUAUUUCAAGAAAAUAGUGUUAGAGUGUGAGAAAGAUAAAUAUUUGUUGAGCUUGGCGCAGUUAAUGCGUGAGUUGUAUGUUGAGAUAGAGGAUCAGAAGCGCAGGGCCGAGCAUUGGGUAAUAGAGGAGUUCCAACCGCAUGUGUCACUUAUGUACAAUGACAGCCAGAUAACAAAGGCCACAGAGAUGGUGGUGAGACAGCGCAUACAUGACGCAAUGCAGUUGUUUAGCAACAAUCCAUCCAGCAAGAGUUGGAGAACGUUCAAAGUAGUGUCAUGCGAAGGGCCUGUAGAAGAAUGGCAGGUGUUGGGCUCCGUGACACUUUGA